UCAUUUAUUAAACAAUUAAUCAUUAAUAAAAUCGCAAAUAUUAAAUAACAUUGAUUCACUGGAGGUCCAUAAAUAAUCUACUACUUUUAGAAAGAGUAGUCAGUCGAAAUUUGCAUAAUUUUUCUGUAAGAUACUGUCCUCAUUUUUUGAUUGUUGUGUAGCUGAAGUGGGUGGAACUGUAAAUGAUAGCACGUGGACGAAACAAAGAAGUUUGAUUGGGAAUUUUUAGUUGUAAUAACUGUUAUUAUUCUGAAAGAUGGAAGAAACGAUAGUUAGAAUGGACGUCGAUGAUAGUAUGAAGGAAACCGAUGGUACAGAUGGUACAGGACUUAGUUAUGAAGAAAAAUUAAAAUACGUAAAUAACAUUAGUAAACCCAUGGCUCCAAAGAAGCUAACAAAAAAGAUUUAUAAAUGUAUAAAGAAAGCUUCUAAGCAGAAAACAUAUCUUCGAAAUGGCUUGAAGGAUGUACAGAAGCACCUCCGUAAAGGAGAACAUGGGUUGGUUGUAUUUGCGGGGGAUGUGUUUCCCAUAGAAAUUAUGUGCCACUUACCAAUUGUUUGUGAGGAUAAGAAUAUUCCUUAUUGUUAUACUCCAUCAAGGCAAGAUAUCGGCAAUGCAAUGGGAGUGAAAAGAGGGAGCCUUAUGGUACUGAUUAAGGAGCAUGCAGAUUACAAAGACCUUUACGAUGAAAUCAAAUCUGCAAUGAAGACAUUAUCAACACCACUGUAAUUUUGUAUUCAAUCUCAUAUACCGUUGACCAGUUUGUAAAUAGAAAAGAUGGAUGUAUUGUAAAACACAUAUUUUGUGAGCAUUUUUAGCAACAAGUAUUAUCAAACAUCGGAUCAUAAAUUCCCUGAAGUGAUACAUUUU